CCGAUUACGAUUAGCCCCACCUUCAUCUUCAUCAUUAGGAUCUUCCAAGCAUCGAAGCCUGUGAUUGGAGCUCCGAUUUCCAUAAAGCUUCAACCGUGGCUCCCUCAGGCAGCCAACAGCAGCAUCAGCAACAAAAUCUCUCUCGAAGGAAACCCUCUUUCGGGUCAUCGUCUUCUUCUUCUUCGAAUUCGGCUCAACAAAUUUCUCCCCCGACUCGAAUAGUUUAUCGAGAAUCGUCUUCCAAGUCCGAUCUCAGUUUGCUCUUUUGGCAAACUACCUGGUUCAUUGGCUUACUUUUACUAAUGGCAAUCUCGUUUUUCGGUCUCGCCAUUUUCCUUUUUCUUACCCUUGACUCUGAUUUCAUCUCUUCCCCCGUCUCUGCAGCUUCCGAAGGCGUCCAGAUUACUUAUGGGUCAGUGAUCAAGUUGAUGCAUGAGAGAACAAAGUUUAGGCUGCAUUCGCAUGAUGAACCAUAUGGCUCUGGUAGUGGGCAGCAGUCCGUCACUGGUUUUCCCAACGUUGAUGACUCAAACAGCUAUUGGAUUGUUAGACCUGUAUCAGAUACCAAUGCCCAACAAGGGGAUACAAUCAAAGGUGGUACCAUCAUCAGGCUGCAACACAUGAGGACCAGAAAAUGGUUACAUAGCCACUUGCUAAAUGUAAGUCUUACUAUGAUGCCUAUUGCUGUUAUGCCUUAUGCAAUUAAUCUUCUUAUCAGUAAAUAG